AUGACAAACCAUCCAACCUCUCAACUCCACAAUCCCGUGAAAGAAUGCUGCCGCAGACAGACUGGCAUGCGGCACUAUACAAAAAAACGCCGGUCCAUUGAAGAUGGCCUACAAUGGGGAUCAGAUCCUAGCUUCUGCUUCCACGGCUUCUCCUGCCCCGUCGGAACCUGGACAGAAGACCGGCUGGUACGGAACUUGAUGCGGGAUAUGGCCUGCAUGGCCAGCGGUAUCGAUAUCGACGGCAGCUUAGAAUUUAAGGCCUUAGAAUAUCCCACAAGUCAUAUAAUUGAGAAUUGGGAUCCGAUUAUUUUCAAAACUGAGGAUUCUUCGUUGAACUUUGACAACGGACGAUUGAAUGUGAUACCAAUGCCUAUUCACAUUCCCAUGCCCGCUUUGAUGCCGAAAUCACCGUCAACUUCGUCGAAUGAGAAGAAAGACGCGGCGCCGAAUAAGAAGCGCAAAUGUACCCAGACGCCUGGGCAGAUUCUCUGUCACUGUCGCUCUGAGAAAAAGAGAAGGGAUGCUAUUGGAGAGGGAUAUCGGGAUCUUUGUCGAAUUGUGCCUGGGCUUGAAAGGAAUAAUUUUACUAGGAAGUACAUCCUAGAUGAAGCGGCCAGAUAUGUGGAGUCUUUAGUUAGGGGGAAUGAAGACUUGUAUCGACAAUUGGAAAAUCUCACCCAUGAGGCAAAGGACGACAUACAACUUUUAUGA